AGAAUUACUGUGCAGUAAGAAAUCAUUCUUGAGAAAAGACGCACGUCGAAUUUUGGUUUGGUGAUCAUGUCGUCAAAAUCUAGCAAAUAUGAACUUCAAAGUCCAAAUUGGUUAAAUGAAAAGUUCUUCGAAAAAAUAUUAAGAGAUUAUUUAAAUGAUGACAAAAUUAAAGUAGUAAAAUUGACAGUGGCUCCAGCAACUGUAACCAACGAUCACUAUGGCAGUGUUAUGUUUCGAACUACUCUUGAUUACAUUGAUUCAAAAGAGAAUAACAUGUCAAUUCCUUAUAUUGUAAAAAUGUCACCCGAAAUGGAAAGUGUAAAAAAAGAUAUACUUGGUUCGGAUUCGUUUAUUUUCAAAACCGAAAUUCGCAUGUAUUCGGAAACAAUUCCAAAAAUUGAAGAGAUUUUACGAAAAUAUGGAGAUGAUACUAUUCUUGGACCAAAGCUAGUUUAUGCAGCUAUGGAACCCCAUCAGAUAAUUGUUUUGGAAGAUUUAACAAAACAAGGAUUCACAACUUUGGGUGGAAAAACUCCGAAUGAGGAACAAAUUAAGAGAGCAAUGUUGAAAAUUGCUAAAUGGCAUGCUGUCAGUUAUAAACUUGCAAAUGAGGAGCCCGAAUUGAUUACAACUUACAAUGAUGGAAAUUUCAAUUUGGAAAUGGAAAAGAUUGAAUUCUUUGCUUCUGGUAUUAAAAGUUUUAUAAAAAAUGUGCUAUCAGUUGAUGAUGAACUGAAGAAGUACAUUCCGUACUUUGAAAAAAUUGAUAAAACAUUCAUUGAUAGUUGUUCAAAAAUGGGUAACGCUUACAAACUUGGUGAUAAAGCAUUAUUUGUUUUAAAUCAUGGAGAUUUUCAUUACAAAAAUAUGAUGUUUCGGCACAAAGAUAGUGGAAAAUUAGAUGAUUUGAUAUUGAUUGAUUUCCAAAUGUGUUAUUAUGGACCAGCAGCUAUGGAUCUAACUUAUGCUCUUUAUAUGUUAUUGGAUGGAGACACACGAUGGAAUAGACGUGAGGAAAUAAUUUAUGAAUAUUUCGUCAAUUUCCAAGAAACAUUGAAAAAGAUUGAAUUCAAGGGAGAAAUACCAAAAAUGAUUGAUUUACAAAUUGAUUUGAUCAAAUAUCAAAAACUCGAAACAGUACUUCUUGCAAUAUUUCUUCCAGUAAUUUUAGCAUUUAAUGAUGAAGAUUUGGAGCUCGAUCAAGUUAUGGAAUCAGCGGAAUGUAGAACUAAAUUAUAUCAACAUCCAAGAGUGAUGCAGGAAGUAAAGAGAACAUUGCCAAAGCUUUUGUAUAAAGGAGCUUUAGAGUGAAAAAAAUUAAUCAGUCAUAGUUUUGAGAAAAAAAAAUAAAUAAAGAACAAAAAACUAACAAUCACUAAAAAAAUGUCUAGAUAAUAGUUAAAAUUCUGUGCAUUAUUUUAAUAUCAGUAUCUUAUCAU